AUGUUUAAUUGGAGAACAGUGAACCAAAAGCCAUCUGUUAACUACUUGAUGUUGGGCAUGUUUAAGGACGGUGAGAUAGGUAUUUUUUCAGCAAUCUCGGACAUUAGUUGUAAAUUCAACAACAUUGUUCCGACCAUAUCAGAGGUUGAGAAGCUUGGUCUGCGUGCAUACCUGGUCAACAGACAUGCACCACCACCCCAAACACACCAAGAGGAGGAAAAUGAAUAUGCAGAUUUUACCACAACACCUCCCCAUAUUGCCGCUGCCAAGAAAACUCAAAAGAACGAUGCUUCAAAAUCUCCACCGCACAAGAAGCCCAGGAAGAUGUCGACGGCAGCAUUGCUUGUUCAGAAGUCACCAACCACAAUCCCAAAAAAAACUACAGUUGGACAAUCAUCUAAAAAAUCUGCUUCGGUGGUAGAUAAGCCAGUUCAAUCAAAGGAAAAAAACAAAGCUGCUCCAAGUGUCCACCGCGUUCCUGUUGACGACGUAUCCACCAGCAAAUCAGUUGACCUCGCAAGUUUGAGGCAGGAACUUAAUCAAUUUAAGCAGGAAGUGCUUGCUGAAUUCAAAGUUGUUUUUACUGAGCUCAAGGAUCUUCGCAAAACUAUUGAUAAAAAUUUCAAAAAAGUUUUGGAACAUGUCAAAGGGAAACAAAACUCAGAAAAGGAUGAUGACAGUGAAACUCAUAUUCCUUUACAUGAUGGCAACAUACAUCAACAACCUGAUGAUUACAUGGACCAUGGUGACGAUAUUCACAUGGAGACUGAUACGGGUGAUGUGCAUCCAACAGAGCAUGCUGUUCACUGUUUUCCUUAUGUAUUUGUUUACUGCUUUUGGACAUCAUCAACAAAUACUUUCUAUGAGAAGGGUCUUGCACCGGAUAUUCAAGUCGGUAUUGGCAAUGAUAGCGGCGAUACGCUGAAAGCUUCAACCGAAGAGAUUGCACUUUUGGCCUGUGUUUUUUUUAAGGAAAAGGGUAUUGCACCGGAUAUUCAAGUUGAUAUUGGCAAUGAGAGCGGCGAUACGAUGGAAGCUUCAACCGAAGAGAUUGCAGAAGGAGGUGAUCUUUCAGGAGAACCGAAGACUUCGGCUGAACGUUCGGGGAAACAUACUAUGGAAGAGCAAAAAUGUUCUGAUGAUUCAAAUAAUUCUGAGAUGAUCGCACAAGUGCUAGCAAAUAUAGCAGAAUUAGAAAUGACUAACGAACAAGUUCACGCAGAAAUAACCGAGGAAAACACCAGCUCAACUAUAGAUCCCAUUACUGGUCCACUUGAUGUACAGAUGGUGGAUGAAUACCGUACUUGGCUCCGAAACGAAAGAACUAAGAAGACCGUUACAAAAAAAAAAUGGCAGUUUUUGACAAUGGAGUCAAAUUCAAUUUUGGCAUCACAACUGUCAAUGAUAAGAAAUGGUUUUACUUGUUAUCGAUGGAUGGUCAGCUUUGGAAUGACGAGAGAUGGAUGUAUUUCAAGACAUUCGGUCUGCUGUGUUUUUGUAAAAUACAGAGAGCACAUUGACGUCAUUUUCUAUUACUUUCGGAAGAAAGGAAAGUAUGAUAAAAGGAACAAUUUCAGCUUCACCACUGUUGACUGCCUAUUCAAGCAGAGAAUUGAUGUGGUCCACCACGCAUAUCGCAAUGUUGAAACACAUACAAAUGUGGCAAAUGAAGAGCAAGUAUUGAUUGAGUAUGUUAAGGGCCACAGGCUUAUUGCCAAUGUCCCGUGGCAUACCGUUGACAACGUGCUAAUACCGGUGAAUAUACAAGAAGAAAAUCAUUGGCGUCUGUAUGUUUACAACUCGUAUCAAUCAGCCGGGCACAACACAGUUGUUAGGAAUGAAAUAAAAAAGCUUCCUACACUGCUGUCACAUUUCCUACAUCUGGCUGGAUUCUAUGUAAAUAAAAAAAGCAUAGAUUUGGUGAAAGACCCAGCAUAUGCGGAUAAGGGACAUAUCGAUAUCCUUGAAGUUGUCUAUGUUGAUAAUCUGCCGCAUCAAACUGCUGGUAGCACGUAA